UAACCUACAAACAUCACAAUUUGAUAGCUGCCAACACUUAUUAAUGCGUUACUGCGAGAUAAAAUAAUAUAAGAGAGUGACGAAUAUAUAGGAAGAUUGACAAGAUGACAGAGAAUACUAAUAAUCCUUAUGACAUUAAUGGACAACAUUUCAAUUCUGACAUGUAUUUUCAAAAGUUAUUGAAGGAGUGCACAUUAAAACAAAUUAUGGAUCACGAAGCAGAGAUCCUAAAAAAUACUCAAGCAUUACAUUCAGAUAUGCAAACCUUGGUAUAUGAAAAUUAUAAUAAGUUCAUAUCUGCUACCGAUACUAUACGCAAGAUGAAAACUGAUUUCAAGGAGAUGGAGGACAACAUGGAUCUUUUAGCACAGAAUAUGGAAAGCAUCACUUCUUUUUCAGAGCAGAUCUCUUCAACUUUACAUGGAACAAGACAACAAAUUGCUAAACUCUCCUCUGUACACACUUUGUUGAAAAAAUUACAAUUUCUUUUCAAGCUACCUGGCAAUCUUAAGGAUAAAAUAAACGAAGAAAAAUAUGCAGAAGCAGUUCAAGAUUAUGUCCAUGCGCAAAGAGUUUUAAAUCAAUACAGCAACAUGCCAUCCUUCCAAGGCAUCCAAAAAGACUGCGAGGAUAUUUUAGAAGAAUUAAAAUCUAAACUCAGGUUACAAUUUCAUAAGAGAGACGCUUCUGCUAAAACAUUAGCCGAAAAUAUAGAUCUUUUGCUACAAUUAAAGGAACCAGCUGAUUCAUUAUGCACUGAAUUCUUGAUACAUGCUGAAGAAAGAUUAACGGAACAAUUAGAUAUUUUGAAGGAUAUGUGUGAAAACGAUAUUAUAGAGUUUGUAGACAUGGCUUCUUCAGGAUUUCUUAGUGAUUUAUGUCUAAUUGUGACUUCCUACAAUGAUAUGUUCAUAAAUCGAUCAUUGGAAGACGAUUUAAUUGAUGAUUUUGAAAUAAAAGCUAUGGAUCCAUUUAUAUAUAUAAAUAAGUUUAUUUUGAGCAAUAUGAAAAAAUAUUUUGAUUUAAUGAGCAAAAGAGUGGAAGAUGUAGCAGAUACAGCGAUUUUAGUAAGAGCUCUUGAUAGAUUUCAUCGCAGGUUACAAGCUAUGAAUACGUUGUUCAAGGAGACAGACUUUACUAGAAUUGGUACUGAUCUUGUUGUAAAUGCUGGCCGAAAACAAUGUCGCAAUCAUUUGCAUAGUCUGAAACAACACUUGAGUGAGAUUUUAGUGAAAAUAAGGCAGACUUUAGCUACUAAGGUCACACAGGAUGGUGAUGGAGGAUUAGCGGAACUUCAAGCUUUGCUUAUUAUGCCCACUAUUGAAAAAAUUAAAGGAGUUUUACAGGAUUUAUUGGUAUUUUUACAGCCAGACUUGUCAUUCAGUUUAAAAACGCAAUUUUUGCAAAGUUUCUGUGUAGAUGAAGUCAGAGAAGGAUUAGUAAUCGGUUUUUUACAUCAUCUCACAGCUACAGUAGCUGGAUUUUGCAAUGGAUCUGAUGUACCCAAAUUUCCACCCACCCUAUUACUUCUGCUCAGUAAAAUGUGCAUCGAGUACAAGGAAAGCAACGUCCGUUAUCUGCUUACGACCAUCGACGAUCUUUUCAGUAUUGAUCAAUAUGCAUCUUCAGAAAAUAUCAUAACUCCCGGAUCAGAAAUGUGUGAUAGUUUUCAAGAGGCUGCUCAGAAUUUGUUAAAUCACUAUGUACGAAUUCAGGGAUUGACAGUAUCCCAAAUGCUGAGAAAAUCCGUAGAGACCAGAGAUUGGUUGCACACGAUUGAACCUAGAACCGUGAGAGCUGUUAUGAAGAGAGUUGUCGAAGAUGUAACUGCCAUUGAUGCACAAGUUGCUGCUUUAUACGAUGACAAUGAUGGUCAGGUCGAUAGAAGUAGCGACAGUAGUAGAAAGACUCACAGUGUUAGCAUAUCUAGGCAACAUUAUAGAUCAAAUUGGUCAUCUUAUACACCUAGUCACAUCGAUUCUUCUCUAGUGACGAAUAUCCAUAAAUUGUUCUCUGAACGAAUCGAAAUAUUCUCUUCUGUACAAUUUAACAAGGCAUCUAUUCUAACAGGAAUCAUCAAAAUAAGCUUGAAGACUUUCCUUGAAUGCGUGAGAUUGCGAACGUUCAGCAAAUAUGGUUUACAACAAAUUCAAGUGGAUACUCAUUAUUUGCAACUUUAUUUAUGGCGAUUCGUGUCAGAUGAAAAUGUGGUUCAUUUUUUGCUAGACGAGAUUUUAGGUAGUGCAGUCCAUAGAUGUCUGGACCCUGUUUUGAUGGAGCCCAGCGUAGUGGACAUUAUUUGCGAAAGAGGUUGAAUUAUGAACGUUAAUAAAUUAUCUUGUACAGUCAUACAUAGAAAUAUACCAAAAUAAUAU